AUGUUCCUGAGGCUGCUGCCGUUCUUGGCGUGUGCGUGCUAUGCCUUCGAGACCGACAGGUGGACCAACUUUCUGAUCUUUGAUGGUCACUACUUGCCAAUGGCAAAGUGCUGGUUUCAAUGGUUUCAAAAGAGUGCUUCCUCACACCCCUUGCAAAUUGGCUGCAUGGAUUCGGCGUCUUGUGCUGAAGCUGAGCUGUGGCGCCAGAACCUUGAAAGCAAGGUUGACAGUAUGAGUAUCACGAAUGUCAUUGAUGACUCUGCGAACAUGGACGUAUCGAUCUCACCAGGAGGUGAGAUGAGGCUUGUGCAGCCUCACGGCGGCCACCGGCAAAUGAUCCGAAGCGAGCAUUCGAUUGAUUCGGGGUUUCCGAGGAGCAAUUACAUUCAGAUUUAUCACAAGAUGCUUUGGAACGAGCUUAGCCAGAAGAGAUCUGUGCUGCAUCUUGAUGUGGAUGCGCUCUGGCUACGGAGACCUGAUUCAAAUUUAUCCCAGGUCUUGCAGGAGCAUCCUGAUGCGGACAUCGUAGCAUCUUCCAGCACAGAAUGGGACCCUAAGAAAAUUGCAGACAAGUGGGGAUUUGUGUUGAAUGUGGGGUUUAUCUUAUACAGAUACACAGACAGAGUGCAGAAGCUUUUCGAAGACGAUCUUCUGUCGGUCCCUCGCGACCAGCAAUCUUGUCAGCAGCUUCUGAACUUUGUCCUUGACCGCAAGGGUUGUCAAUGGAGUGGAAGCAGUGAUCAGAACCGAGUUGGACUUUGUGGAGGGAUCAAGGUGAUAGCCCUUCCGCAGACAUUUGUCUCGCGAGCAACAGACCUGACGUACAGCCAAGAGGAUCCAAGCAUGCCAAUCAUCGCGCACCCUGAUACAGGGCUUCUGCAUCUCACCGGCAUCAACAGGAUGCAGAAGUUUCAUGACAUGGGACUCUGUACGCAAUAA